UGUUUGCAUGAUAUUUUUUUGUGAUUUCAGCGGAAAUUGAGUAUCUUUACCGAGAAGAUUUAUCCAAUGUGACACUACUCAGAGUAAACGAUGAGUUACCCAGCCGAAGAUCGACACGAGCGGGACGUAGUCGGCGGCCCGUCACGGAAUCCCGCUCAGGACAUGGAAAAACACGAGAAAUCAAAAGUUUUGGCUGCCAAUCCUGGAGGUAUUCUGCUUUCUUCUCAUUCUUUUGCAUAAAUUUCCCUUCUUUUAGUUAUUAAUAUUAUACCUUAAUCCUUAUGUUAACCAGAAUUGCGGUAUUUCCGAUCCGUUUAAAGAAUGAAAUGUAUUGGACGCAAAAUUUUGAACAGAUCCACGUUGGCCACUAAAAAAUCUUUUCCUCCAGUUAAUGUGCCUUGUUUGAAUGUUUGUGUAUUAAAUUUUUUGAAAAACCCUUGAUCAUCAGAGAAGCGCGGAGCGUUGGUUUAUUUUAAUGUAAUAAUCAGCCUUUUACCUAUGUGAUCAUCACAAACGACCUAUUAUUGUAAGGUUUCACUAUGAGCUGAUACUACACAAUAAAUUCAGCAUGAAAACCAAUCAAUAGGCAAGUCAAAAUUUACGGCAAAUACUCAGAAAUGUCUAAAAAUUCGCCGUUUGAAUUGUUUUGUUACCAAAUAUUUUUGCAUUUGGACUUCAGUUAGAUCUAUUCCCCAUUCACUUGGCCUUCAAAAUUUACGAUACCAUCAGUUGCAUCUAAGCGUGGACACAAGACAAAAAAAAACAUGUUCUAAUAGGGUGCCUUUCAUGACAUGCUUUGCCACCCAACAUUUGAAGUUUGAUAGCCGUUAAAGCAAACUGUUACGCCAAAGGUAACUUGUUUAUAUGUUUUUGAUCAGCGCAUUCGCUCUUAUUUCAUUUUUCUCAACUUUCAGGCAUAUUUCUUACUCAGAAACAGCACACUUGCCUUCAGAAAUUAUUCUAAAUAUCUAAAAGUUCUUGCAAAGAAUAUUUUGUUGAGCGAAAACAAAUCAAGUCGACAACAGCCGCCUACUCCAAACUUGAAUGUUUGGCGGCAAGACAUGUCAUGUUUGCACCCAAGCAGAACAGGUUUAUUCCUCUCAUGUACACACUCAGAUACAACCGAUGGUAAUAUCAUCUGGAUAUAUCAUCAUUAUCCACCACACAUCUUGCCCCUCUUGUUUAAGACGGCAGUAAUUAUAUUGUCAGUUUCUUAAACGCGCUGAAUUUUUGUGCCGCUCUUUGGAAAAAAAAAAGAAAAAGUAUGGUAAGAAUUUUUUUAAGUUUUCGAGUUCUUUCAAAGCUAAAAAUGUGAAUAGUGAUGUGUGAAGAGUCUCUGUUGCUAUUGAAGUUUGUAAAGACUUGUAGGGAGAACUUGUAUUUUGAUGUCGGGACUUAAAGAUGAAGAAUUUAACUUUGUACCCUCAUUUCAUCUGUGCUCCUUUUGAAUGUCAGCAAAAUAUAAAAUUAUCCAUCACCAUACAGAAGGUAUAGAACUGUAUUGAUGAAGAAAAGAAGUACCCUGAACUUCAGUUCUGUUUUGCUGAGAUGUUUUUCUUUGGUUACAGCUACCUUGUCAGGCCCAGAGAGUAGUGGUUUUCACAGGACACAAAUGGAUCAAGCAAACCUCAAGGUUUAGAUCAACAAUGAUGUUUUCUGCCCCAUUUUGUUUGGUUUGGAUAGUGUUUUAAGCAAAAUUGUAUCUUGGUUUUUACACUUACCUCCAAACAACUUACUUGCCCAUUUCAUUCCUUAUAAAAUCUAAUUAUUAAAAGUGAAAAUUCAAAAACAUCCCAUUCCAUGCAGAUUGUCUGCCACUUUCUAAAUCCUACUCUGUAAAAAAAAUUACAAACCCUAGAACCUGAUCUUACCCUGCUAGCAGAGUCACUUCGAUCUUUCCUGAUCUAGGCAUAAAGGGGCCAUUUUAUUGUUACCUUUUUUGUAUUUCACCAAACCUAAAUUCACCUAUUGUAGAUUCUGUUAUCUCCCGCCCCCACCCCACCCCCACCCCCCUCCCAAAAAUUCAGAUUCUUUUGAAUGUUGUUCUCACCCAGAUACACAUCUAUUAUGAUACAAUAAUAUUAUUGGUCUUUUUUAUAUGGCCUGCCUCAACUAGCCUUGCUAACUGCAGGCUAGUGGUAGUUUGUGAAUUCGAAUAAAAAAUUGAAAUAUUAUUGAAAGUUGAAAGUCUGUUUGGUGAACAAUUUGGCUCACCUAAGUGGUGAGGGAUUAUAUGAAAUGGGUUUUGUGUACAUUCAUCAUCAUCAUUGGUAACAUGAUUUACAUCAAACCAUUCUUUUGUGUUAUUGAGAAUUUAUUUUAACACACAAUUGCAGAUUGGUAAACCCCUGCAGAAUCGCCCAAUAGCCCCAGCUUCAGGGACACUUGCAGGGAUCAUUCCUGGUGGACACCUAACACCUGGUCUUGUUGCAAGUGGAAUGCAGGCAUUUGGAGCUGGUCAUCCCCUGUUAGCUGCCUCCAUGAUGAGACUGCCACAGCCUGCCUUCUCUCAUGUUCCAGCUGGAGCAGCAGCAGGGGCAGCACUGGCUGGAGUGACUCCACGGAAUACUUCAUUGCGAACUCCUUCAGUGCCACACCCUGUUAAACCAUUAGGUUUAAGCUCUCAAACUCAUGCCAGUGGGGGACAGUCGCAGACACAUGCACCUACGACGACAACAGGUUCUUCUCGACCAUCGUCUCCAGGCGCGUCAACACCUCAUCUUGCUACUGCCGCAGCAGCGACAUCUGUGAACCAGCCAGGAUCAGACCACAAACCUGGUGAACUGCGUGACGCAAGACCAGCUAUGAUGCCUGAAUUAGCCCGGAGAGGGGCAUCACCAACUGUUCAGCCCAUGGGUACGUCACCACACCCUCCUGUUUCUGUUGGUGGCAAAGUGAUAAACAUUGUCCCUUCAGCUGCACAUCCCCCGACUCACCAAACACCCAAGGCAGCUGUUCCUACGUUACCCUCGCAUCACCCUAGCUCGGCACAUAGCACAGCUGUUGGAGUCUCUUCUGUUAGUAACAGCAUGCCGCACAUGCCGUCACCUGGGACUGGAAUGUCCGGUCAUUCUCAACAAUCGAAGAUGGUACCGUCCAACGCUGUUAGUGUGACACCAGCCGCCAUAUUGACCUCAACAGCCAAACUUUAUACUCCUGCUCAUCAUUUGGCUUUUACUGCACCACGACCAGCUCCCAUCUCCAGCUCAGAAACUACUAUGGUAUGAGUUUAUUUUUGUUUAAAUGUAAUAAUGUUCAGGGUUGUCACUAAGAUUUCAAGUUGCCGGGUAAAUACAACAAGUAGGCGGGGAAUCAAACGGCUGGGGAUUUCUUUUGGUUCUAUUUUUCUUCUAUUUUCCAAUAAAAGUAACCGGGGGCCACUCUCUUAGUAGCCGGGGAAAAUCCCCGGCUCGCGGCUCUUAAUGACAACCCUGAAUGUUGAUAACAAUAAUAUUGUGAUAAUUAUGAUGACUUUGACAAUGGCAAAAACCAUGGGCAGAAAAAAUGAGGCACAUUAGAGUUUAAGGUGUCUCAGAUAAAGACAGUAUGGUAUUAUAUUAAAUAUGGCCUCUCAAAUGAUAAACAAAUUUAGUUUGAAGAAAAUAAUGUUGAGGAGAGGUCUCCAAAGUCUUAUUUUCAAACUUCCUGUGUGGAAGUAAUUUUUUCUUCAGUAAUGAGAUGACGGUAAUGUUUUUUCCAGAAUCCAGCUGAUCACAGUAGGCUCACUAAGCCAAGCGGAUCAGCUUCGCCGGCAACUGUGUCUUCCCAUCAGACUAGUUCCAUGUCCACAGUGCCACACAUGACUGGUCCUGCUCUCAGCUCAGGUACAUUAUUUUGAUAUUUUUUUUGUGUGUAUUUUAGUAACAUAGCAUAAGCCACAUUUACAUGUCAAAUGUGCAAAGAAGUGGUGGCUGAUCAAGCACUUAAACUCACACCUCAAACUUGCCAUGUUUCCUUUCAAAAGAAACAUUGCUCCUUUGUAUCUCUCUUUAAGCAGGUACCAGUGCAGCUUUGUUAUUUCUUAAGAAAUCAAAAAAGUUUUUUUUCAUAUUGCUGCUUCACAUGAGUAAGUCGACUCACCUGGUCCUAAAAGAUGAAAAUUCUUCAAUGUCAACAGCUACUUGGUCUAGUUUCUUACAUGUGUAAAAUCAUAUCCUGUAGAAGUACAGCCGAGUGGGUACACUAUUGUAUUCCUGGGAAAGAAAACAAUUUUAUUGUUCUUGGCAAAACUUUCAUUACUUGCUUCUCUUUAGAUUAAAGUGACUGAGAGUUGAAAGGCUGUGCAUUUUGUGACUUUUUUACAUCUUUUAUUGCUUUUAAGUUGUGGGAGGUGAAAGCAGAAUGGACAGGUAAUUAGAACUUUUUGCUUGUGGUGCAUUUAAAUGUUUUGCUAUAUUAUUACAUUUAAUUGAAUAAAAUUUACCUCUGAAUAGUAAAGACAAAGUUUUUCAAAUAUUCCCCUUAUCAUAGAAUUGGUUGUUACUUGCUAUGUACUUUGUACAUUCAUUUUGGUAUCACAUUUUAUUCUGUAGAGCUCAUCAGGCAAUACCUCCGUUUCCUUAUCAUCACCCAGGCAUGGCAGGAAUGGCUGGAAUGGCUGGCUUGUUUUAUCAGGAUGCAUUAUCAGGUCAACUAUUUCAUUGUCCUUAGUAUGUGUAAUCAAAUGGUGACGAGUGAAAUUAGGGAAUAAUUUUCACGUCCAUUUUGUCCAAAUCCUUAUAAUUUCCCGAGCCUUUAGACUCGAUGACGCACAUGCAAACUUGUUGUUUUGCUAAUAUAAACUUAUCACUUUUUGAGUGUUCUCAUUGCCGUCGCCGUCAUUGUUACUUAAACUCCCUACUGUUGUGAUCCAGAAAUUUUGCAACCAUGGUAAUGGUAUAGGACUGUUGUUGAUGACAGUGACUGACAAUAACCAGAGUUUAAUACCAUCAGCUGACACGAUACAACUCACUUUGACUCUGAAGAUGGCUAUCGCACAGGUUGUCGAAAUUUCAGUCACUGUCGUCAACAACAGUCCUAUUCAGGACUACAUUCACCCCAGACGAUCAUACUCAACCUACUUUUGAAAUGACUCCUGGGUUCUAACUUUUCACAGUUUUUCAAAUACAUUUGUGGCCAAAUCAAAACCUUUCAUUGAACAGCCUUAGUUUAGCUAGUCACCUUUCCAUUUCUUCUCUUAAACUUUUUUUACUGAAUGAAGACAGGGAAUAAGUUAGUUCAUUUUGUCACCUUACUUUAUCUUGUUGAUACCACAGUACACCCAAGCAUUGCACAUGCACAGUAUCACCAGCAAUUUGGGGCAAUGCAAUCACUUGCUAGAUCUCAACAGAGUGUUGCUACAUCUGCUGCUGCCGCUGCCGCUGCAGCUCAAGUCGCAGCUGCUGCUGGAGUUAAUCCCAUGCAAAUUAUGGAGCAUCCUCGGCUUAUUUUCCAGCCAACUGCUGCUGCUGCUCUUGGGGUUGGAGGUAAUAGUAUUUUUGGUACUGUGUUAUUUUUUUACGAUAUUAUUUUUGUCUUAAGUCCAUACUAGCGGACACUCCAGGGACCUAGAGUUAAUUAAGUGUCCCGAUUAGCAAGAGUCCGUAAUAGCUGGAGUUCAUUUCAGUCAAAUCUCUGUAUUUUUUUUUUUCGUGGGAUUUAGCCGCUGUCUGUAUUAUGGGGGAGUCCGUUAUAGUAGGGUGCCCACAAUGUGAGUUGACUGUACUCUACAACUUCUCUGGAUCUGAAACAUGUCAUCCAGACAAUCUCCCUAACUGUGCCUUGUGGUCAGUCUAUCCAGUUCCAGUACCAGUACCAGUAUAUUCCCCCAAUGCAAGAGCCCUUUUGCCACAGAGUGACAUUGUUGGAUUUACAUUCAAUCAAUGCAGCCAAACCAACUUUCACUUGGAUUCUCCUCUUCGCUUGUUCAACGAAUUAAAGAUGUUCAACAUUUUUGAGAUAAUAAUCCAGGGUCCCUUUGGUGUGGCUGCUUAGACUUUACAAGAAGCAUCUUCUUUGUUAUAUUAGCCUAUGGUAAAGGAGUUUCAGUUGAUUAUGUUUAACAAACCUCUGUCAGUGACAUCAGAAUUUGAAACUGUCAAAUCAAGACUCACUAUUGAUGUUAACUUAAGUUCGCCCACUGACUUAACUUUUCAUGACUGUCCGCUGAAAUUAGAAGCUAAAAAUUGGGGUUUCAGGUCUUGCUUCUAUUCUUUACCCAAGAAGGAACAGUCUAAAUUGCCAAUACACUUUUUUAUAGCCUGUGAACAGCCCGCUCCCUCCCCUCAGAAUAAGUUGAAGAUUUUUUUCUGAGGGGAGGGGGUGGCUGUACAAGGUUAUUUUUAAGGUUACCAGUGUAUUAAUUUUUCUGAGAUCUUGAUUAUUUCAAGGCAAAUGACUGGUGGGCUACUAUUGAUGACAAAAACAUCAACCUAGUUCAUUUACUGCACUUUUCAAUAACACACAAACUCUAAAAUGUGAGAGGCAGCUUACAUUUGCAUUUUUUGUAGCUGUCAAUCAUAAUUACGAUCACAGGCAACGAACUUUGAAAUACAGAAACACACAAAACAGAUCGAAAUCCAUCAAUCACAAACCAUGACCUUUUAAACUUGUUCAAGUAAACAUCUGUGUCCUAAGAGAUGAUGAUUAACAGCAGCGAAGAACACAAAUGUUCUUUGGCUUUUGAACUUCAGAAUUCACGUGUUUUUGGAAAGCACAUUAAAAGGCAGCUGAUAUUCUUAGUGAUACUUAUAUCAUUUUCAGCUUCAGGAAUAGCCAGCCUGACAGGUUCAGAGACACCAGCAACUGCCGGCAUCAUGGACAUAGGUGCUGCAACAGCUGGCCUCUACAGUGUCCCUAUCUUUAAUGUUCCACCAUCAGCUGGAAUGCAGGCUGCAGCACAGCUGUCUGCUCCCAACCCUAAUGCGACUUCUCCUCGUCCAAGCAUCUUGCGUAAAAGAACUUCGGAGGGGUAUGUUGGUAUCUUUUCAUUUAACUCACUGUAUUUCUUAGUGUCUUGUUGUCAUACCCCAGUAGCUUGAGCAAACAAGCACCUCGAGGAAACGCAGAGCUGCAAAUAGGAAUUUUUUUAGUUGUGUGAGGAGCGAUGUCUAACUGAGUCCUAAGAUUUAUAUUGCAAAACGGAAUCAAUAAAUCUCAAAGUUUAUUUUUGUUUCUUCUGAUUCAUAAUUUUGGGGUAUGUAAUGAAGUUGCAAUAAUUAUGAUUAUUUUGUUGUUUUUUAAAUAAUACUCAACACAGAUUUAAAUUUAUCUUCAAAUGUAAAAUGAUAUUAUAGUUGCCAAUGAAAAGAAAAGACGGACAGAAUGUUAAACCUCAUUUGAGGCUUAAGAUUAUUUCCCAUUAGGUUGCGCAAACCUCCCAGCCAAGUGCCGUUCAGUGCUGAAAUGCUUGUGUCAAAUCAAAGUGAAGCUGCUGCUAGUCCAAGAUCUGACAGCACACUAUCAGCUCCACAAUCUACACAAAACUCGCCCAAACCUUCCAGGUACGUUACGUAACAUAAAGAUCUCUCCUGUAGCAAGAGAUACCCUGUAUAUCAUUUCACAUUCUUCAUAAAUCUGCAAGGCUAAGGUUAAAAGCUUAGAUUUCCUUGGAACCUAAUGCUUACAUUAGAGCAUUUGUUUGACUGGCAAUAGUUGCAUUUAAAGUUCAGUUGGAUAAUUAGUUCUUGAUGAACUUAUGUGAAAUGAUUGUUUGUAAAAGGAGAAAGAAACUUGUAAUUAAGAAUGCUUCUGCAUUUAUUAUGGCUCCUUUAUGGCCAACACUAUGUGUCCAUCUUUAGUGAGAUGUCUGUUGUAUCGAGAGUCAACGAGAAGGAGUAAAUAAAGACAGGGACUAACUCUAGGUGUCUGUCUUAAACAGGUGUCCAUCUUAUACAGGUGUCUGUCUUGUACAGGUGUCCAUCUUAUACAGGUGUCCAUUAUGAGAGAUUUGAGCGUAUGCGCGAAUUCAUCUAUUUCUAUUUUAAUCUUAACCCUUGUAGUGAAUCUGGAAGUCAAUCUAAUGAGCCCGCGGUCACAACAGCAAGUGUCACAACAACGGAGUCACCCGCUGUCACUCAGACUGCACCAGUGUCACCGAACAAAGUCAAGAGGGAGCCGUCCAGCGAGGGAGCUCCUACCUCUGCUGCACAAACCACAGCUGAUAUGAAUGGAACCGUUACAACUGCUCCCUCCACGCCUUUGUUGGCAAAUGUGACAGCGGCAAGUGGUGAUGCUGCAUCACCAAGAAAGAAACCUAGAAAGCAGAAUGUGUAAGUGCAUAGUUUGUAAAUCCUGCUUUCCACAUGAUUACUGCGGUGGUUUAAAUCAGAGCAUAAAUGUUAUUUCCACCUUACCGCUGCCUUCACCAUCCUCCUUGCUAAACGUCCCUAAAGUACAUUGUAAUACAGUUGCUGAUUUCUCAGCAAAGGGUCUGACAUUUUGCGUUUAGCAUAUUUUUUAAAAAAAUAUGAAAAUCUCCCUGCUGUUUACCUUGAAAUACUUAUUUUUGAAUAGUAGCUAAAAAUACAACGUUUUUAGAAUCUUUGUUGCUUAAAUUUGAUAUGGGGCAUUUGUGCAAGAAAAAGCAUAUAAAAGCCAUUUUUUGUUGAUUGCAGCGUUGCUACAGAAGAUAAGUACGGUAGUAAUGUUAACAUGGAACCUGAUUCACCAACAGAUGAAGAAAAACAGUCAAAACCAGAUGAAGGUAUUAGCGACUUUACUAUGGUCUGCCUUAAUUGUAAAACAAUAAUAUUCUUAAACAUGUUUUAUCACUCUUCCCUAUAAGAUAUCAACAUAAUAUGAAGACACUAUCCAAGGUUUCUAUUCUUUUUCAUUCUAGUGUUGUGUCCUUUUACAUUAAGAUAAUAACUCAAAAUUUAUGCGGGCAGCAUCCGGUGACGUCGCCACCAGUUCAUCUCGCCACCAACGAAAUCACCACCAAAAAGUCGACUCGCAACCAUGGUUACAGAAAGUAAUACGUAGCGAACAGGUAGCGAACUCGAGUCAGUGUAAAGCGAACUUGACAAGUAGCGAAACCUGCUGUUACCGUUGAUGGCGCGAUGUUACCGUUGGUGGCGAGAUGUUACCGUUGGUGGCGAGAUGAACGUAAAACAACUGGACGAGGGUAUUUUAUCUUGUUGUUAUAAAUUGUCUAACUAUCUGAGUAACUGAUUUUGCGUUUAAAAAGUUGCAAGUGGACUUAAACGUUACUUAUAAGUGGAGAAUUAGCCCGUAAAUGAUUGAUGACUCAUUUUUCCCUCAUAGCUGAUGAAGAGUUGAAGUUUAUACUGUUAAAGAGACCCAAGAUCUCCAUUGUCGCUAAUUACAAAAUCAACACAAAGGCCGCACACAACCACUUUCAACGAUACUCUGAUGUCAAAGUCAAAGGUUAGCUCCGUCUUUUUUCCAGGCUUUUACCCCUCUCACUUCUCAGUUCGAGAAAAUCCUACAUUUCAAGGUUUAAAAAUUGGAGAAGAACGUAAGGUACAAAAUACUGCUGAACAGGUUUCAUUUGAAUGGUCACACCACUGGAUUUCCUCCAACGUUAUAACUACAAGCUUCAUAUGAUGGGCUUGGUUUAUCGUUUGCGUUAAGGACGGUUAUUGAUCGGGACGUUUCAAUCGCUUACAGCUAAAUGAUAGAUGCGAUCCGCGCAGUUGUUAGUCAACUAAAAGAACCUCAAAUAUUUGCCAGACAAUUUAAGCUAUAAUUAAGGCUACUGGAGGACAAAUCAGUUGUGACGAGGAAAUUGAAAGUACGGGGUUAUGUGAUCAACUUGAGCUGUUGAAAAAGAAGAAGGUUUUAUAAAGAUUUUAGAACUCUGCAGACUGGACAGUGAAGCUGUGAUCACUCUGGGAAAAAAGUAAGAGUAUGAUGUUAAAUUUUUAAUUUUUCUUUUGCAGAAGAGAGAAAACCUUCAAUUCAAGAAAUCGCCAGUCAGAAGGGAAUUGUACAGAGAGCUAAUGGCUGGCGAGUACAGCACAUUGCGGGACAAAUAGAUGAGCUGGUACACACUAACCUAAAUCAAAAAUCUAUUUAGCUUGUCCAGAAAUGCGAAAGUUAGAGUAUAAGACACUGUUCAGUAGCUUUCAUUUGAAUGGUCACACUUAGAACCACCUUGUACAGCAUGAUAAACAGUACUAAAGGAAAGUACUGCUCAGUAGCUUUCAUAUGAAUGGUCACACUUUAGGAUUUCAUCAACAUGCUUAAAAGUUAGAACCACCUUGUACAGUUUGAAUGGUCACACUUUAGGAUUUCAUCCACAGACUUUAAAAAUAAAAUCACCUUGCACAGCAUUGUAAACCGUACCACAGAAAAAUACUGCUUGAAAUGAUUAGUUAGAUGUGUAAGUCUGUAAUAUAAAUUCCAAAUUUUCAUAUUUCAGAUAACUGCGGAGCAGGAAGUGCUUAAAAAGUUAGGAGACUUGCGAGAAAAAAUUCCCAAACCAAAACCCGGCCAGAAAACAAAAUUUCAGGACGACGUAGUGAUGCUCAAUGAACUUCUUCAGGUAAGGAGACAUUUUUCCCGUUUCCAAAAGGAGUGAUCGUAGAUGUUUACGUCAGUUUGUACAGGGGGAUAUUUUGUCAUGUUGGUGUGUUUUUACCGCACUAAAAGAAUAAUCUCUUUCAGGGAAAUAUUCAAAGAUCACAACUGGUUGUUGAGCAGCUUGGAGAUUCGAGAAAGUCAAUGGUGAAGGUAUGUGAAGCACACAAAACCGUAUAGAAAGGUUAUCCUGAACAAACGAAAACAAGGCAAUAGAAAAACGAGAUUUAAAACUUGUACAGCUUUAAGGGGGUUGUGUCCUCACGGCUGUCUAGUUCUUUAGGAUCAUUAUACGUGUCUGGGAAACUGCACACCUACCCCUUCCCUAAGCCAACAUUAACAAUUACUUCUCACUUAGGACAAAAUGUUGGCUUAGGGGAGGGGUAGGUGGGCAGUUUCCCAGAAACGUAUAAAUUACACGUCCUUAUGGAUUCGAAAUGCAACUUAACGUAUGCGACGAAAUUACUGGCAAAUUGCAAAAACACAGCUUCAUGUCCAACAAAUGUUUCCCAAGCAUUAAAUCAAACAAUACAGACAAAAAAAUAAACUUUGAACACUGUUAGGCUAAUAAGUUGCAAUCCGUUUCAAUCUUCUUCAAGUUUUUCCUUCCCUGCUUUCUUUUCUUUUUGUUGUGUUAUUUGUACUUUCCUUCAACGUUUUGAAACGGUUUUUCUUAAGUUUCGCCCUGUUUGGUGGAAGUUCCAACAGUUUAGAUUUUACUGACUUUCGUGACACAGCCCCAUUAAGGGACGGACCAUUAGAACAGUUGGGGGGGGGGGGGGAAUUUUCGAGCCGCAGGAAUUGUUUUUCGUUAUCAAAUUCCUUGUAUAAAUUUUUUGUAGGCCAUAGCAUGAAUAUUUUUUAGGGUUAAUUGGCGUGCAUGAAUUUUUUGCGCGAAUAUUUUUUUGUACUCCUCCCCACCCCCCAUAACUUUUCUAAUGGUCCGUCCCUAAGGAGUAGUCUCUUGUUUGUAUUUUCUCCACAGGUUUUGGAUCACAGACCGCGUGUUAUAGAGAUCAUCCAGAAGCAGAUGAACAAACGGAAUCCCAAGAAGAAAAGCCAAUAGUUCCGAUCCUUGUAAAUAGAGUAUUCUGAGUAUAUUAUAAUGAUAUCUAAAGUAUGAAGACGCGGCCGCCGGUUAUUGUACUAUAAGGAGCUUAGAACGGCGACGGGCCGACGAUCACUCUGCACGUGCAUCACGCUUUUUUGUACCGGCAUUUCUUUGCCGUCAACGCACGACUAAAGUGUGAAACAUUCCAGUGAGACGUUUUAUAGAGGACGUAGACAUUCGACGGCAAAUGUUUCUUUCUCCUUUUUAAGGGCCUCUUCUCAUGGAGGUGGGGGACCUCAGGUAGGUAAGGUAACACGCCUUGCCGGGGUCGGAUUCGUGUAACAUCAAAUUCGCGCCAAAUUCAACUAACUGCCUCUAACGGAGGCUUUGCAUCGUUAAAAGUGACAAUAGAAAGCCACAGCACUGGAAGGUUGCAGAGUAGAAGAGCAUCAACCGCCUAAAUACGUCCUUUGCCCGCCAUUUUUUUUUGUUUACUUGCUCAGCGACCAUUCAAUAAUCUUCAGAAAGUGCACCCCCGGGACUUUUAUGACGGGGUUGCAAGAUUGCAUGUUAACGCGUGUUAUUUUUUACACCACCUGAGCGGGUUACCUCACCUGCCUGGGAUCCCUGUCACCUCCAUCGUCGUUGUUAAAAGUCUCUAAUUUCUUCAGCGGGCCUUUGGCACAGGUUUCCUAGUUAAGGUUCCUAGCUUCCAGGGUUGCGUUGUUCAAAGCUGGGUUAAACUAACCCAGGGUUAAUGCGAAAUUUGAAUUCAGCUAAAAAAGCUUGAAAAGCAAAUUCAGCUUAAUUCUUUUUGUUUACAAUUUAACGAUUGGAUGCUCUCAAGAGAAUGGAGAAAAUUACCUGAGAAAAUGGUUUUUCAGCUAAAGGAAAAGAAACUUGAAUUCAAAUUUAACCCCGGGUUAGCGCUAAUCGGCCUUCGAACAACUGGGCCCUGUAGGACGAUAACGUGCUUCUGCACGUGCAGUUUAAGUAGCAAGAACAAUAAUAUUCAUCUGCAUGUGCGUUUUCUUUCCGAGUGAGAGUUAAUCUCCCAAUUUGUUAUUUCAUCCGCAAAAAAAUGAAAUUUGGGGCCAAUUUGUUCGCCUCCAAAGAUUCUUCUUAAAACCCUUUAGUGAAAAUACCGCGUUGUGCAGGCUGUAAACUAUUAACAGUCUCCACCUGCAUCGUAAUUAUGAUUGCGCCUCUUUACUGAAAAAUCUACACUCUUUUUGUCGCAGUCGAGAAACUGUUCCAAAGCCUUCAUUUCAAUAUUUUGACACGCGUCCGUCAGCUCUAUGUUAUAUUCGAAUUUUAAAAAGUAGCUUCUUAUUCAACGCAUUCAUUAACCUUGUAUAUAAAAACUAUUCUCCA